AUGUAUAAGGAAGACCCGAACCUCGAUUCAACAGAUGUAAGGGAAAUUACCGCCUAUAUCUUGGACCUUCGGUGUUUGCAAGAAUUCAUCCAAACGAGAUUGAAGCCCCGCGUCGAAAUCAUCGGAAAGAUGGUUGAGCCGGUGAGGUUCUCUGAACUUCGGUACAUCUUCCCCCAGGGCUCCCUGAUAAUCUCACGAGAUCCCAAAAUCCCGCAGAAGGUUUGGAAAGUCAUGGGACGCUGUGGUGGUCGUUGGUCGCGACGGCGGUAUGACGUUGAUGUCCCAACACCCAUCGUAGACGAUUUCACUCCCUUCCUUGUCGAUUGCUUUUGCCUUGACUACACUGGGGGGCAGUAUGUACCAGUUUGGCAGAGAUUCACCGUUUCCGAAUUUGACGGUACUGAAGACAUCAACAACUUGGCAAUCGUACCAAUCCAAGUGGCCGAAAGAGAUCCGUCUUUUUUCAGCCGGACAGUAGUCGAAGAGCGUGGGAAAAAGUUUAUUGAGCUCGCCUCUGCCGGAGCUCAGCAUCGUUACUUCUCUGGACGGAAUCUCCACCUUACGCUCAGAGGUACAAAGCUCGCUACACUGGGGAGUGAAGCAGCUCAGAAUUCCUUGGAGUAUACAGAGAGGAUCGACAGUGAAGUAAUUGUUGACAUGACCCAAGCCAUUGAGGAGGUUCCGGAGUGGGCUUAUCCUAAUGAACUUCCAGCUCGUCCGCCAGAUUCUGCUGGCGAGCUGGCAUCUGUUUACCGCAGCCGAACUCUUGGAUCGACUGCUCUCAAAGACACCAAUACGGGAGUUGCGGCAUUUCGAUUCUCGGAGCGACGCAAGUGGGCACAAUGGGUCAUCGCCGGAUGUGCUCCAUCUGGUGAUGAUCAAUUGCUCUUGCCCAAUAGAGUUUUCGCGUUCGUCCUACGGAACAGAAAAUGGGUCCACGAUAUCCAUGGGAACGACCUACUCCAACCGAUAACAAAUCCUCCGGAACCAUGGAACGAUCUUGAGCUGCCCACAGGCCACAAAGAGCUCGUACAAUCACUCAUCAAGUCACACUUCUCCCAAGACAAGUCACGAAAACUGCAUUUGGAUCUUGUGAGAGACAAAGGGCGAGGGGUCAUUAUCUUGUUGCAUGGUGUGCCUGGCGUUGGCAAGACUUCAACUGCCGAAUGUGUCGCUCAGGCCUACAAUCGGCCGUUGCUACCUAUCACAUGCGGGGACCUUGGACUUUAUCCCAGUGAAGUAGAGUCGAAACUACAAGAAAUUUUCCGUUUAGCUCAUGCUUGGAAUUGUGUCUUACUUCUUGAUGAAGCAGACAUCUUUCUUGCACAGAGAACGACUACUGACAUGAAGCGGAAUGCCCUGGUUUCCGUCUUCCUUCGCGUCCUAGAGUACUAUGAAGGCAUUCUUUUCUUAACCACUAAUCGGGUUGGGACAUUCGAUGAAGCCUUCAAAUCCAGGAUUCACAUGUCUCUCUACUAUCCCCCACUGACGGAAAGUCAGACAGCAAGGAUAUGGAGCAGCCACAUCAAGAAGGUUAAAGCGAACGGAAUUCAGAUUGACGAACAAGGUAUUCUCGAAUUUGCCCAGGAACUAUGGACUAUUCAAGGAUAUCCAGAGCGAGGGCCAGUCUGGAACGGCCGUCAGAUUCGCAAUGCUUUUCAAAGCGCCAUAGCCCUCGCAGGCUACCACACUGAGACGGGGGAGCAAAUUCAUCUAACGAAGGAGAAUUUCCGUCGUGUCGGAGAAGUCUCGGAUCAGUUCAGUCGCUACAUCUACAAGACGAAACUUAGUCACACGGAUGCAGACCUCAACCGCGCUGGAGGAAUCCGUCGUGACGAAUUUGGACGCGACCCGGGCACACAGCCAGCGGUUCCCUGGGGAGAGAGUCAAGUUGUGGAUCCAUUCUUAUCAUCUAAUUCUGCCCCCCAACCGCAGAGGCCGAACGUCCAGUUUGGAGGAUCGGCGCAAGCGGCAAGAUUUCAAAGUGUUGCGCAAGACCCUUUUCAUCAAUCGGCGUACUCGGCUUCUCCUUGGCAAACAACAACGCAGCCCCAGCAGCAGCCACAACACUCGCAACAAGCAUUCCUCCAACAGCAGCCUCCGUCUACGCAGGUACAGCCAGGAACCCAGCAGAUGUUCUCUCCGCAGCAAAUUAGUCAGCCUCAAGCACAUCAGCAAUCACAGCCAACGUAUUCUCAACCUGGACUUGUGGUAGGACCUGUCCCAAACAGCUAUGAACAGCAAACGUCUCAGCCAUUGCCUCAACAGCCAGAAUUUGGAACCUCCCACCAACCAGUCUCUCACACUCAGAUGCCUGGCAAACCGAAUACUCAGGGUCUCACAGGUUUAUCGCCAUGGCAAAUGUCUUAG